GAGGCAGAACCAGGCGGAGCCGGACGGGGAAGCCCCAGGCUCGCGCCGGCCGCGCGCGCCCUAAUCGGGAAAGGGCCGGACAGAGCAGGAUAGCGCGCGCGCGCGCGCGCGCAGGCGCGGGGCCACGCACACCGGAGGGCCCCCCCCGCCCCCCCCGCCAACGCCGGCCAGAGCCUGCUGCCGCGUUCGCUCCAGGUGGUACGGAACCUAGGUUGGCCUUCUCUACCCUGGGCAGCCUCUGACCCGGAAGGGGAGCGGGGAAAGAGGCUGUGCCCCUCUUGGUUAACGAGCUUCGGAGGUUGCGGCGGGUUAGUGACAGGCGCGCGCUUAGCGAUCGCCUGUGCCACUUUGCUCGGGAGCAGUCGAACGAACUAGCGCCCGGUGAGUACCUGCCUGACUCCGCCGCUCCCCGCCACACAGACUCGCUGGGGCCUGGAGGUGUUUCCAGAGUGUUCCUGCGCUGGAGCCUGAGCCCGGCUGUGUCUUGAAGACGUGAUUUUCAAAGCUAAUUAUGAAAACAUUUGUCAUUGGAAUCAGUGGUGUGACAAAUGGUGGGAAGACAACACUGGCUAAGAAUUUGCAGAAACACCUUCCAAACUGCAGUGUCCUAUCUCAGGAUGAUUUUUUUAAGCCAGAGUCUGAGAUAGAGACAGAUGAAAAUGGAUUUCUGCAGUAUGAUGUGCUCGAAGCGCUUAACAUGGAGGAAAUGAUGUCCGCCAUCUCCUGCUGGAUGGAAAACCCAACACAGUCUCUGGCAUCAACACAUGAGGAAAACAUUAAGGAAAUUCCCAUCUUAAUUAUUGAAGGUUUCCUUCUCUUCCAUUAUAAGCCCCUUGACACUAUAUGGAAUAGACGCUAUUUUCUGACAAUUCCGUAUGAAGAAUGUAAACGGAGGAGGAGUACAAGGGUCUACAAGCCUCCAGACGCCCCAGGGUACUUUGAUGGCCACGUGUGGCCCAUGUACCUAAAGCACAAAAAAGAAAUGGAGAAUGUCUCAUGGGAAAUUGUUUAUCUAGAUGGAACAAAAUCUGAGGAAGACCUCUUUUCACAAGUAUAUGAAGAUCUAAUACAAGAACUAGCAAAACAAAAGGGUGUGCAAGUGACAGUAUAAAGUUGGAAUGGACUGAAACCUUCCUGGAGUGAACUGGAAAAUUCAAAGGAAUCUAUUCAAGUACCAUAACCAAGAUACAUUUUGCACUUUGGUACAAUGACAGUCUGUUGUUUUGUUUGUUUGUUCUGUCACACAUGAUUUCUUUAACAUAUGGAACAGUAAGUGGCUAUCCAUGAUAAUGGACAGAAAUUUACCCUAAUGCUGUUCUCACACCAAGAAGUGCACAGAUACAGCAUAGCGCCAAAGACUGAGUCAUUUCACUACACUAAUGAUUUUCAAACUUCUAUGAAUGGGACCCAAAGGAAAAAAGAAGAUGUAGAUCACAAUCCAGUAUAUAUGUAAUCUAAUGAUGUGUGUGUGUGUGUGGAUGAGUCUAUAUAUGUAUGCAUAUGUGUCUGUAUUUGUUGCAUGCAUCAUAUCAAUUAUCAUAUAACAUUUACCUCACAUACAGUUUACUCUUUAUAUUUUUCUAUUUUUAAUUUUUUAAAAAUAUUUGUUACCAUCCCAUACCGAUGCCCACCUCCUGCAAAUAAUGGGAUUACCAGGAGUAGCAAUCAUAUUGAAUAAAUCAACAAUUUGCAAUGGUA